AUGGGUUCUUCAGGUGCCGGUAAGACCACGCUUAUGGAUGUUAUUGCUGGCAGGACGACGGGUGGACAGACCCGUGGAGACAUCCUGCUAAACGGAUACCCAGCUACCGAUCUUGCUAUCCGUCGAGCCACUGGUUAUUGCGAGCAGAUGGACAUCCAUUCGGAGGCGUCUACAUUCCGUGAGGCACUUACGUUUGGUGCCUUCCUGCGUCAAGGUGCUGAGGUGCCAGAUGCCCAGAAAUACGACUCCGUGAAUGAAUGUCUCGAGUUGCUUGACCUCCACCCCAUCGCUGACCAGAUCAUCCGAGGCAGCUCCACAGAGCAGAUGAAACGACUGACUAUCGGUGUGCAGUUGGCAGCCCAGCCCAGUGUGCUGUUCCUGGACGAGCCGACAAGUGGACUUGAUGCUCGCUCCGCCAAGCUCAUCAUGGACGGUGUACGCAAGGUGGCAGACACGGGAAGAACGAUGAUCCACCAACCUUCGGCAGUGGUGUUCAGCGUAUUCGACAGUUUGUUGCUACUUAAACGUGGCGGUGAGAUGACUACAACCCAGCGACCUGGAUGUUGGAGGUCAUCGGUGCUGGUAACCGCAUCGUACAACUUGACGCGUUUUCUCAUCUCGAUUAUGCUCGGACUGGUGUUUGGAAUUGCCUACGUGGGUGCGGAAUACUCUUCGUACCAGGGAAUCAACUCGGGGCUUGGCAUGGUGUUCAUGACGCAAUCGUACAUGACGUUCAUUGUGUUCAGCAGUGUGGUACCAAUCUCGAUCCAAGAACGAGCCUCAUUUUACCGCGAACGCUCGGCUCAGACGUACAACGCGUUCUGGUACUUCAUCGGCGCUACGAUAGUCGAGAUCCCGUACUGCUUCGUUGAAUCACUCUUGUUCAUGGUCAUCUACUACCCGAUGGUUGGCUUCACUGGAGUGGGACAUUUCAUGGCGUAUUGGGUCAACUUGACUGGCCUCGUGAUCCUUCAAGCGUAUUUUGGACAACUACUCGCGUACUUGUGUCCAAACCUGGAAGUCGCUUCGGUCUUCGUCAUCCUCGUCAACUACGUCUGGAUCACCUUUACGGGGUUUAAUCCACCAUACACGUUUGCGAGUCUAAUUACGAUCGUGUUUGGUGACUGCCCGAGUUCUGGUGAUGGUAGCCAACUCGGCUGUCAGCAAAUGACGGGGGCACCUCCGACACUUGGAAACGAAAUUACGGUAUCUGACUACUUGGACGAGAUCUUCUCGGCUAAACGCAGCGAAAUCUGGUCGAACUUUGGCUUUAUCAUGCUGUGGAUCGCAUGCCUGCGUGUCGUAUCUCUCCUGGCUCUUCGUUUCGUGAACCACCAGAAGUAA